AUGGGUGGAGUAGCCAAAAGCGGCAGCCGGUGUCGGGUCACGUGUCACUUGAGUUUCGUCUCCGAACACCAUGAGAAACAGGACUACUGCAACAUGUUUGAUGUUUCAAAGUACAGUUUUUGGUCAAGCAAAGCAGAGCCAGAAACUGCACUGUAUGGAAUGACUUUGCAUGUUUCUUUUGCUCUGCUAACCAAAGAGGACAAAGCUGCUUCCCACAUCAUAGUUCUCACAGCCUCUUCACUCGACGGCGAUAUCAAGAACCCCUAUUUCACCGCAACUGUCGCUGUCUUUCUCUGCGAAAGAUAUCGUGCUCAAGUUUGGAGGAUAUGUUAA